AUGGGCUCGGGCGAGGCCGGCUCUCCCGAGGAGCCCGAGUCUGAGGAAGAACGCAGACGCAGAGAGGAGGCUGAAGAUAUGCGCAGAGCCGUCGAGGCGGCUGAACCUUCCCUCGUCGGCGACGGUGAGGCUUGGAUUUGUGCCCCUCCUGAUUACGAUCAAUCUCUUAAGGGCCCUCCCGCUUAUCUUUUUUAG